AUGGCUCCUGGAUGUCUUCGUAACAGUACUCCACAUCCACUCUAUUUCCCUGAAGGCCACCCACAAGCGGGGUGGUUCAAAGGGAUGGAACAAAUCUUGCAAGAACAAGGAUAUGACACAAAGGGUCUUCUUGCGGAGUGCAAAGGAUUCAAAUGCAAGGCAGGCCAAAAGGAUUGCUGCUUCUCGGUGAUCUUUUUGCCAAAAUUUCAUUGUGAACUAUAUUUUAUUGAGAUGUGUUGGGGAUUUGCAAAGAGGGUUUAUUGGCUCAAUCCCUCCUCUUCAAAAGAGGCAAAUCUCGAGCGAAAUGUAGUGGCUGCGCUGGAUUCAAUACCAGUGUCAACCAUGCAUCAAUUUAUUGGUGCUUAUAAGCAUGGCCUUAACGGAGCCCAAGCAGCAUGGGCUGUGAAGAAGUAUCAAGGACAUCGGAUCCUUCCUGAAGGCUUAAUGGCCUCUAAUUUGAGGUAA